AUGCAAGAACUCAUCGUCCGCAACAUAAUCGAACUAUGGCUGCUCUCCUUUUUUGGCCUGUGCUUCCUUGCUGUGCGAAUAUGGGUCCGAACCAAGAUGGUGGGCAUAAAGGGCUAUGACCUAGAUGACUGGCUGCUUAUUGGAGUAGUUUGCCUGUGGUGUUCUGGACCUGUCCUCAGCCACAUCUUUACGGCAAGAUGUAAAGGACGGCACACAUCCGACCUUACCUACGAACAGCGGAAGGCAAUGCCCCAUUCAGAAUACCACGAGUGGGAGUACGGCUCGAAGAUCUAUCUCGUGGGGCUUUCAGAAUAUUUCGUCAUCAUUUGGAUGCUCAAGUUCAACAUGCUCUGCUUCUAUCAACGUGUGGUUCGCAACACCUGGAGCGAAAAGUUCGUCAAGCCCCUCAUGGGUAUUAUCGGGGUCACCCUUAUGGUGAUUGUCUUCACAAUUAGUUUAACAUGCCGGCCUUUUCAUAACCUCUGGAAAGUGUGGCCAGACCCGGGCCCGCGAUGUGUGCCGCAAAAUGUCGUCUUCCUCGCUACGAUACUGUCCUUCAACUUGACAACAGACUUGUGCAUCAUGCUUGUCCCUCUUCCUAUUUUCAUUAGACUUCGAACAACCAUGUGGAAGCGGCUUGGUCUUUUCUUCUGUUUCACCUUGGGCACUCUUUGCAUGACUGCGGCUGUUUUGCGAUACGUUCUAAUAUUUCAUCUCAAUGAAAGUACUAUGGCGGGUAUGUGGUCGACCCGCGAGGACUUCGUGGCCGUAGUCGUUGGUCAAGCACCGAUGCUUACACCAUUGUUUCGCCGCAGCUUCUGGGUUGAAGCUGGAUACGCCACUGACAAGUCGAGCUCGCCAUUGAACGGGCGCAGACACUCCGCUGACAAGAAUGGUUACGAACUCAACGACGAAGUCAGAGCAGUGGUCACAGUAGGAGGAAGUCCUCAGAACCGAAGAACGGCGAGGAAUCCGUACAGCAUCACUCAAACCGAGAAGGGCGAAAGCCAAGAGGAGAUCAUCACGAACAACGCCGCAGAUGCGCAAAAAGUCUCGGACGCGGCCGACUCGGCUACUGAACCGCAAGACAUCGGACGAGAAGGAUAUCACGAUGGGGCAGGUAUCAUGGUUGAAAGAACCGUAAAUAUCAGCCAGUCCGUGCGCGAGGCGGUCCGCAACGAGUUCCCGCCGGAGCGGUGGGAAGGCAGGCGGAGGGGCUGGGAGUCCACGCCCUUCAGCGGAGGUCCGCAGGAAUACAGCAUGUCUCAGCUGUCUUUUGCCGUCGCCAAGAUGGCCCAGCACUAUGACCAGAUCCGGCCGAGCCCGGGGAGCGACAACCAGAAACGCAGCUGGAUGACGGUGCUCACGCCGGGCGCUGGGGUAAAGGUCAGAUUACAUGUUGCUAUGGCGGCGGAAUGA